AUAAUAAUCAGGUAAAAAUACAUUGAAAUUGAAUGAAGUAUCCCUCUCACAUACAGACUUCUCGUGGGUGUUUGUGCACCUCAAGUAAACCCUAAUUUUUCCCUCUGGUCCCGUGAGCUUCUUAAAGAGAAUUAAUGAAUUCAGCAGAUUCUUGCACAUGGCAUUCCUGCUCUGGCUGACCAAAAACAACACACACAUAUGUCUAAAAAUCAAGAUACAUCAGUGAUGAUCCAAACAUUUUAGCAGAGAAGGUAAAGUGUGUGAGACCGUGACGACACUUUGCCAACAAAACUUGAGCAAUGGUUGGUCACAAUACCGCACACCCACUAAUCGCAAGCAGGGUUUAAUCCCUCGCUGCUUUCACAGUUUACAGCACAGGACUUUGCCUUCUUCUUUACUCUCAGAAGAAAAAGCGCUUCAGCAAACAGCAGGGGUCACAGGGUUGCUAGAGCCUAUCUCAGCCACUGUUGGGCAAAGCAACAUGUCUCUCUUCACCCACCUGCUGGCGUGCCUGUUUGGUAUGGGCUCCUGGGUGUCCAUCAACGGUUUGUGGGUGGAGCUACCUCUCAUUGUCCCACAGAUCCCAGAGGGCUGGUACCUGCCCUCCUACCUUUCCAUUCUCAUUCAAAUGGCAAAUGUUGGACCCCUCUUCAUCACUCUGAUGCAUCGUUUCCGCCCAGGCGCUCUGAAUGAGACUGCUGCCAUUUAUGUGAUUAUCAGCCUGGGCAGCAUAGCAACUUUCCUGCUGGGCUUCUUUUGGAAGGAGACAUUAGUUGUAGCAGGGGCUCCUCGGAGUGUGGCUCUCCUUGUUUUGACUUUCUUCCUUGCUGUUGUUGACUGCACCUCCUCCGUCACCUUCCUCCCUUUUAUGAUGCACCUAAAGCCACAGUAUCUCACCACCUACUUUAUAGGAGAAGGUGUGAGCGGCCUCCUGCCAGCCCUGGUGGCUCUGAUCCAGGGAGUGGGUGUUGUGCACUGCAAGAACAGCACACAUCUUCUGAACCAAACCUUUACCACCUUUAGCAAUGCUGUUGUAGUAGAGCUGCAGGCUCAAUACCAGCCUGCAAACUUUUCUGCAGAGGUUUUCUUUUUCUUUCUCAGUGCCAUGAUGCUUGUUUGCCUAGUGGCUUUCCUAUUGUUAAACUACCACCCUUCUGUUGCCAGAGAGCACCCAACCAAAAGAUACACAAACGGUGUUAAAGAGCCUUGUCAGAAAGGCAGGAUGUGUAGCGCGCAGAGAUCAAUGAUUGAUCCAUACAGGCCUGCAAAGCAGAGGCGCAAAAGCAGCUUUGGCACCGGCGUUUACAGUUGGUGGCAGGUGUUUUACAUCUUUGCCAUUCUGUCCUGGGUGAAUGCUCUUACCAACACAGCUCUGCCCUCAGUCCAGUCGUACUCCUGCAUGCCAUAUGGGAACAACGCCUAUCACCUGUCAGCCACGCUCGCUGCUGUGUCUAAUCCAAUGGCCUGCUUCAUCGCCUUGUUCGUUCCCAUCAGAUCCUUGGUGUUCAUGGGAACUCUCACAGUGGUGGGCAGUGCUGUUGGAGCUUACAUAAUGGGCAUGGCUGUGCUGAGUCCAUGUCCUCUACUGGUGAAUGAUACUUCAGGUGGUGCUGUCAUGGUGUUGGCCUGGAUCUUUUUUAUUCUCUCACUGUCCUAUGUGAAGGUGAUCAUUGGCCUAAUCCUGCGAGAUGAAGGCCACAGCGCUCUCGUGUGGUGUGGAGCCGUAGUGCAGUUAGGUUCUCUGCUGGGAGCCAUCACCAUGUUUCCUCUGGUCAGUGUGUAUGACUUGUUCACAUCCGGAGACCCAUGCAACACAAAAUGUCCUUGAAUUUGUGGCUCUCUUGUGUUCUUUUAGCUGUCACACAACCAAAUCAUUUUAGAAGCUGUCAAAAAGGUGGAAUAUCUCACUGUUUUUGAGUUGUUGUUUUUUUUGUUAUUUUACAGGUCAUUGACAUUAUUUUGUUCCUUUUUUGUAAAUUAUUAAAGAAUACAACGUUGAUUGUAAUUAUUGUUUUAUUGUUAGUCUCUAUGCUCGAUUGUUGAAUCAGCAUUUAAGCUGAAAAUCAAGGUACUUGUGUUGACCACUUGCUUGUUCGAGAAGACGCUGCAGAAAUCAGGGAGGAAAUACUUCACCUUACAACAAACUGAGAAUACAUGAAACUGUCACCGGUUAGUUGCAGGUUAUUUCAUUCAAUUCAAUCACGUUUCUGACUGUCAAACCACAACAUGAAAUAGUAGUGAAAUGGAAAUGAACACCUACUGUUGUAAAAUUAAAUGUACAUGUUUGAUUCAGGGACUCCUCUGUUUCUUGAGUUUUCUGAUGAUGAAAAAUACUGAUUUUCAACGUCAUGUUUGUUUUUGGAAAAAGAUCAUUGUCCUUAACCAAAAGGGACACAUUCCGGCUUUUCAUACCAUUAUACACAUGACAGACAUUCUCCUGAUCUAAAUAAAUUAGAUGUUUGAUUUUGAUUUUGUUCAUUAUAUGAAUGAACAAAAAAAUUCUCAUUCUUACCUCCUUCCCUGCAUUAAACACAACAGAGAAAUAGAAAAUGUACAUAAUUCUGAAUUUUAAAAUUGGAAUCAAUUUUCAUCAAUUACUUUUUUCAACUCUGAACAUCCAGUUUUACUUUUUUAAGGACAAACAGGAUAACGAAUCUAGAGGUUUAAGCUUUUAUUCUGGAAUUACCGUAAUUUCUUUUUUCUUUUCUUUUUCCCCCCCAAAUAUCCAAUUGACAGUCAUGGUUCCAAAUUUUCUCUACCCAGUUCAGUCCUGAACAUUCUAAUGAAAUCAGAUUGUCUUUUCACAAAAAUGCUUUCUAAACCAAAAAAGAAUGCAUCAAAGGGUUUUUGGUGUGACACCAUGUUGACCAGGUACGGAGAGGAACAUUUUCCUUUGUACACAACAUUUUUAAAAACCUCCAGCAGAACCAGACUCAAGAAGGGUGACCAGCUCCUGUGACUCAUUAAAAGACAGCAAAGAGACAAACACAGAACAUCUGUCAUUGUAUCAAAAAGUUAAGUAAUUAUCUGCAACAAUAAAA